AUGUCGACGCCCAUCACUCGCCUCUUGUCCCAUACGGUCAACAAGCCGUACAGAUCUAAACAUCUUCGCGAUGUAACCCCUCACCUCGACGCGAACGGCUUCGUCGCUUUCGCCCCUGAUGAUAUCGAAAAUCCUCAGAACUGGUCUCUGCGUCGCCGGGUGAUCGUCACCAUGAGCGCGGUGCUGCUGGUGGUCAACGCGACUUUUGCCUCGAGUUCUCCGAGUGGAUGCUUUGGCUCGAUCUCAGAGCACUUCGGGAUCUCAACUGAAGUGGCCGGAUUGACUAUCACUCUCUUUCUGCUUGGAUAUUGCGCCGGCCCCCUCAUCUUUGCGCCCCUGUCGGAGUUCUACGGUCGCAGGUACAUCUUCUACGUGACCUUUCUGUGCUAUCUCGCAUUCAAUUUCUUGUGCGCCUUUGCGCCAAACCUCGGAGCUCUGCUUGUAGGUAGAUUCCUCGCAGGAACGUUUGUAUCGGCUCCACUGAGCAACUGCCCCGGUCUCCUGGCGGACGUAUGGAACCCCUUACAACGAUCGAACGCAAUGGCUGGAUUUUCCGCCAUGGUUUGGAUUGGGCCAGCUCUUGGACCGGUUGUGGCCGGUUUUUUGGAAUUGAAAAAGGAUUGGCGGUGGAGCUUCUAUGUUCUACUUUGGCUCGGUGGAGCCUCGGCAGUCAUCAUGCUGACCAUUCCCGAGACCUACGCGCCGAUCAUCCUGUAUAACAAAGCGAAGCGCAUUCGAAGGAACAAGAUCCCCGGGUACGAGAAUGUGCGCGCGCCCGUUGAGGCGAGCGAUCGCACGCUCUUGACCAUCUACAAGGUCGCGCUUACCCGGCCCUGGAUUAUUCUUUUCGACCCCAUUUCCUUCCUGUGCGCGAUCUACAUGUCUGUCGUCUACACCCUGUUGUACAUGCUCUUCAGUAUCUAUCCUAUCGUCUUCCAGGAGAAGCGCGGGUGGAAUUCUGGGGUUGGCGAACUGCCACUGUGCGGUACCAUCGUCGGCGCGCUUCUCGGGGGUGGGAUCGUAGUGAUCGACACAAAGAUCCGCCAGCGGAGGGUCGAUAGGGGCGAAACUAAAGUCGAAGAUACCACGCCGGAGGAUCGGCUUACGCUUGCGAUGAUUGGUGGGAUUUUAUUCUCUGCCACCAUGUUCUGGUUUGCCUGGACCGCCGAAUACGAUUCUAUUCAUUGGAUUGUCCCAACGCUCGCAGGGUGCUUCCUUUCUAGUUCUCUGCUGCUCAUCUUUGUUGCAUACUUAAACUAUCUAGUGGACGUCUACCUCAUGUAUGCCGCGUCUGCUAUUGCCGCCAACACAAUCGCACGAUCUGCCUGCGGUGCCGCUGCGCCCCUAUUCACGAACCAGAUGUUCUCCGCUAUGGGCAUCGGUGGUGGAGGGAGUCUGAUCGGUGGAGUGGCUGCGUUGCUCGCGGUUAUUCCGUUCCUGUUUUACAAAUAUGGGAAACAGAUUAGAAUUCGCAGCAAAUUCGCGCCGACACAGGUGCGCCCCCGGGCCCCUGAUGUGGAAAAUAACCCUGCCGAUGAGCCGAUCAGCCGCUCUACCUCCUCGCCUGGGAGUGAACACGGAAUGCAGGGAGAGGCCGAGAAAUGA